AUGAUCCCGCCCGCCUCGCUGGCACGGUCGUCUCGGGGGUUGCGUUUGGAUGCGUCUGGUACUUCGUUCAAGGCGAUCCGUACCUCUCCGACGUCCGAGCAGGCUCAGGGCUCGAGUAGAGCGCUGUACUGGGACCGGCAUAUAAUCGUACACAACAAGGAAAGCGGACGUCAUUGCCAGAACUACGGCAUCGCCGCUGCGGGUCCUGAAAAGCUUUCUCCGGCGCGACCGCAUCUUGGGCCUGUGUUGCAAGAUAUUCAGGACCGCUUCCAUCUGGCCGAGCUUCCUUAUCAGGUGCAUAGACUUGACAAGAACACGACAGGUGCUCUUCUGCUCGCCCGUACCUCACAACGCGCCAAAGAACUCGCACGAGACUUUCGUCAGCAUAAGAUACACAAGACGUAUCAUGCGCUUGUACUGAACGGCGAGAACCCCCUCGCACAAGGCGAUCAUGGCGAGGCAACGUUGUGGCACCAUCUCGACGCCGAUAACCGUCCACACUCGGUUUCCGCCGGCACGAAGGGCGCGCGAGAGGCUAAGACCCAAUGGCGCGUAUUGGGGCUCUCUGAACACAGCCAGGUAGCGCUUCUGGAGCUCAAGCCGACGACGGGUUUCAAACACCAGCUACGCCUGGCUUGCGCCCAUAAGCUCGGGAGGCCUAUACUCGGAGACCUGCUUCACGGCCGCCUUCACCCCUUGACUACCGAAAGCUACCCGUUGAGCCACGAUGAUACUUCGCGAGGCGCCUCAGAAUCUAACCCGGCGGCACACGACUACAAAGGGAUGUUCCUACAUGCCUCGCGCCUAUCUGUCACGCGCUUCCGCCGCACAGGACCUUCCAAACGACUACAGCUGACCAUCGGUGCACCCUUGCCGCCCGAGUGGAUAGCCUUUUGCAACUUCCUCGGCAUUGAGCUUCCGCCAGAGCUCGUCGAAGGUGGUGUAUGGGUUGAUGGGCAGCGCGUUGCUGACGGGCGCGUACCGGAACUGGACGGGGAGUGGAUCUGGUAA